AAUUGCACAUAGACAUUAACAUAGGCAAACACCCCCCAACAGCAAAGACGGUUAUCUCCAAGCCUCACUACCUCGUUUUCUCCGUCCCUUCACUUGUCUUUGUUUCUGCUUCUUAUAAACACAUCAUUUUUGUGUUCCUCUUCCCUUUAAUUCAUCACAUAACACUAAAAACAUUUGGCUUUUUGUUGCAGUCAGAAAAGAGAAUGUCUUUCACUGCAACAAAGUUUGCACACUCUCCUCUCCCUCUCAAUUCCACCAGUCCCAGAUCCAAUGACAAGCCUCUCUCUUUCUCUUUUGAUCACUCCAAACCCAACCCUUCUUCUUCUUUCCUUGGAUCCACUCGCAAGCUUCUUCGCUUCAAUGCUCUCUCUAAGCCCCAUGCUGCCCCUCGCUCAUCAUCAUCAUCUGUUGCUGCUGUUCUUCUUGAACAAACCUCUAAUUUGCUUGUUACUAAAGAGGAAGGGUUGGAGCUCUAUGAAGACAUGAUAUUAGGGAGGGCCUUCGAAGACAAGUGUGCUGAGAUGUAUUAUAGGGGGAAAAUGUUUGGUUUUGUUCACUUGUACAAUGGCCAAGAGGCUGUGUCAACUGGGUUCAUCAAGCUUCUGAAGAAAGAAGAUUAUGUUGUGAGCACCUACAGGGACCAUGUUCAUGCAUUGAGUAAGGGGGUCCCGUCUCGGGCUGUGAUGAGUGAACUGUUUGGGAAGGCGACGGGAUGCUGCCGAGGUCAGGGUGGUUCGAUGCAUAUGUUCUCAAAAGAGCACAACGUGCUUGGUGGGUUUGCAUUCAUUGGUGAAGGAAUUCCGGUUGCAAUCGGGGCAGCAUUUUCCAGUAAGUACAGAAGAGAGGCAUUAAAUCAGGCAGAUGCUGAUCAGGUGACAUUGGCAUUUUUUGGAGACGGGACUUGUAAUAAUGGGCAGUUCUAUGAAUGCCUAAACAUGGCAGCCCUGUGGAAAUUGCCAAUUGUGUUUGUGGUGGAGAAUAAUUUGUGGGCUAUUGGGAUGUCACAUCUUAGGGCAACUUCAGAUCCUCAGAUAUGGAAGAAAGGGCCAGCAUUUGGAAUGCCAGGGAUCCACGUCGAUGGGAUGGAUGUUUUGAAGGUCAGAGAGGUGGCACAGGAGGCAAUUGGAAGGGCUAGAAGAGGAGAGGGACCAACUCUAGUGGAAUGUGAGACCUAUAGAUUUAGAGGACACUCAUUGGCUGACCCUGAUGAGCUUCGUGACCCCGGUAGAGUUGAUGAGAAGAUUAUUGCUGUUAUUAACCUGGCCGAGAGUAAAUGUCUUGAUUUGAAGGAGAGAAUUCUUGUGAAUGCUGAGUAAAUUCAUACAAGGAUCUGUAUAGCCCACCUGAAGUUAUGUAAAUUAUGGUUUGAUUAGAUUUUCGCUUACCCAAAAAUUGGACGAUCAACUCAUUUAAUAUACUCAUUCCAUGUAUUCCAUCUCUAGCACUGCUUCAUUUAUGGUACUGAGCACAUAAGAUUUUUCCUUAGUUCUUUGUUAUCAUGCUUUUCUUCAAUAAAAAGUAUUUUGGAAAAUGAAAAGUAUAAUAAAACUAAAGAAAUAAAUCAACCAACCUUAUAUAGCAAGGGUUUUGUAACUAAGGGUUUCACUCGCCACAUCCAGUCUGAUUAGUUUGAGCCUUUAUAAUCCAACUCCACAUUUCAUGGUGUUAGCAGAUGAGUACCCAAUGUUCAUUUUGAUAGUUUGGGACCAUGUUAUUCAAAUUACCCUUUUAAUAUGCUCUCCUAAUUAAUAACUAUGUUCCUUUCUUAUGUAUGACUAUUAGCUAUGAAUUAUUUUUAGUCAUUUGUACAAGAUGGAGACUUACUUUUGUGUAUGUGUUGCUAAUAAUAAUUAGUAAUCAUAAUGUGUUUCGUCUUUGGCAGCUGAGAAAGAACAUUAUGCCGGUAGGGACCCCAUCACUGCAUUGAAGAAAUACCUUAUUGAGAACAAUUUAGCCAAUGAACAAGAAUUGAAGGCCAUAGAGAAGAAAAUCGACGAGGUCCUCGAGGACGCCGUUGAGUUUGCAGAUGAGAGCCCUCUUCCACCACGCAGCCAGCUUCUGGAGAAUGUGUUUGCUGAUCCAAAAGGUUUUGGAAUUGGACCAGAUGGCAGGUAUAGAUGUGAGGAUCCAAAAUUCACCGAAGGCACAGCUCAUGUCUAAUCCUUUCUUACUUGGAACUUUCAGUUUUGUAUUAAUGUUCUUUUCAUUUGCUUAUUAGUGAUCAAAUGUUACUCACACAAUGCAUCAUUACCAUGUCUAAUAUAUAAUAUAAACAGGACUUUUUCUUUGGGUUGAAAAUUUGGUUUUAUGUGUCUUAUAUUUAUCAUUGUUUGUGGAACUUGUGUCAAGAUUGACAUCUUCAAAGUUUGAUUGUAGCCUCUACGAACGGUG